GAGAGAUUCUGAAUAAGGAGAAAGAAAUUAUUUUUUAAAAAGGGAUAUUCUGGGCUUGAACAGUACAAUUGAAAUGAAAAUUAUACUAGAAAGGCUCAACAUCAGAUUAUAUAUGGCAGAGGAAAGAAGAUUGAACCUGAAGAUAGACUGAUAGAAAUUAUCCAGUCUGAAGAACAGAGAAGAGAAUAAUUGAAGAAACAUGAACAAAGCUUUAGAGACCAGAGGGACAGCAUUAAACCUGCCAACAGAUGUAUAAUGGGAGUCCAGAAAUAGAGAGAAGGGCAGGAAAAAAAUAAUGGAAAAAAUAAUGGCCAACGUCUUCCAGAAUUUAAUGUAUUUAAAGACAUUAAAUACAUAUCCAAAAAAUUCAACAAAUCUCAAGUGGGAUAAAUACAAAGAGAUUCACACCUAGACUCAUCAUAGCAGACAUUUGAAAGAGAAAAAUCUGCAAGAGAAAAAUGACAUAUAUGCAGGAGAGUAACAAUAUGAUUAACAGCCGACUUCCCACAUAAAACAACGAAAGGCAGAAGAGAAUGAAAUAACACAUCAAAGUGCUGAAAAAAACGGUUAACCAAAAAUUCUAUUAUCCAGCAAAUUUUUCUUCAGAAAUGAAGGCAAAAAUAAAAGCAUUUCUACAUACACAAAGACUAAAGAAUUCAUUGCUAAAAUCCUGCAAAUAUAUUGUAAAACAAAUGAAGCCAGAUACAAAAGACUACAUGUGUAUGAUUCUAUUUAUAUAAAACUCCAACAGACAAAAGAAAUCUAUGAAAUUAGAAGUCAGAGCACUGCUUACCUUUGGAGGGAGGUAGUGACUAGCAGGGGCCAUGAGGGGGAAUUUCUGGAGCAUUAGUUACUUGUGAUUCUGGCACACUUCUGCAUAUAGUUUCCAUCAAUAAAAGUUUACUAAAACAAAAAAGGAAGCUUGAUCAUGUCACUCCCUCCCCUAUGUUUGAUUCCCUUUAUUGUUUUCCCUUUGCUUCCCUUUCCUUCCCAGUCUCAGCAAACCUGUGACCUCCAAGGUGCUCUCUGGUCCGGCCUCUGCCCACAUCUCCAGCAUCAUUUCUCAUUACCUAGUACACUAGCCACCUUGGCCUUCUGCUAUUCCUCAAGUGUUCCCUGCUUCAAUCCUGCCACAGGGCCUUUGCACACGCUUGUCCCCCUGGCCCAGAGCCCCAUUGAGACCAGCUUACCCUUUAACUCCAGCCACUCCCCAAGUGUGAUCUACUCAUUACCCAUCCAAGUCUAGUUCUUUUGUUUUGUUUAGUUCUUAGAAUUAUAGUCCUCUCCUUCAGAGCACGCAUCUUCAUUUGUCAUUAUGGAUUCACAGGGUAAUUAUUUGCCUGCUGUUUUGUCUUUCCCACUAGUCCAUAAGUUUUAGAAGGUCUGACUAUGUCUUCAUCUGUGUUGUAUCUCCAGCACCAUGUCUGGCACGUAGUAGGCAUCUGAUAACUCUCUGUUCAAUGACUAUAAAAGUACUUAAGGCUAUACAAAUCUUCAGUCUAAUUAGAGCACACUGUGGAAAGCCUACCAGACUAAGAAAGUUUAGAUUUUUUUUUAUAAGCUACAAGGAGUCAUUGAAGGUUUUGGAGAAAAGGAGAUAGGUGAGCUGAGCUUUGUUUUAAUAAGAUCUCUGUAGAAAUGGAAGUGGAGAGCCCAUAAAGGAGGCUGUGGCAGAAUCCAAGUGAUGGACAGUGCCUAAAGAGGGACAGUGGCCAAGAGGGGAAACCAGUGUCUUGCUCCACUCUGACCCCCAUGGACAGCCUGACAGUGACCUCACAAUCACCCUCUGGAUCUCCUACCCUUGAAGGUUAAUAUCCCGGCUCUGGCCUAACGCUGCCCUUUAUGUUCACAUUUAUGUUCACAUCUAGGGGACAAAACCCUACCAUCUGAGUCAUCCAGGCCAGCAACCAGAGGCAGAGGGUUCAACAAAGCAAGAGUGUGCCACCUUUCCACCCAAGGCAUGACCAAGGCUCCAUGAUGACAGAGUAUUCAGAGGACCUGAAGGAUUCCCUGCCCACAGAAAGGAAGUAUGUGUGGAGGACGGCCGAGGAGAGGCGGAUGUCAGACCUCAAGUGGGUGUUGGAGUGGCUGGAGCGGAGGCAGGGGAAGAAGAAGCAAGCUCUCCAGAAGAACAAACCCAAGGCGGUGACGCUCUCUGCAGCACAUGUGAAGGAAGAAAAGAAAGCCCAAAAGGUCCAGAACCAGCAGGGAGGGAACCACCAGGUGGCAUUCUCUAAGCAGCUCCCCUCCCAGGCCUCAGGGCAAAGCUCCAGAGAGGGGGGAAGGCUCUACAGAGUGGAAGCAAAGGGAAAACGCUUCAGCAGCAUGACCCCGGGCAACUACCCCAAGGAUGCACCUAGGAAAUCUGACUUAGACAUCAAGGAUGAAAUCACCCAAGAGUCCACUCAGCGCUCAACGCCAUACCAUCAACAAAGCAUCAUAGAACCCAUGUUACAGGAUGCUAUCUUUGUCCCACGGAAGUCAACCCUCUUGCGAGAUUGGGUUGGCAAGACGCCCGACGCCUCCUACGAGCGUAAGCUGAAGAGCCUCAUGGAGAAGGGCAGCGAGCCCAAGAUGGAGACGGUGAGGAUGCUGAAGCCAGAAGAGGUGCUGAGCUGCCGAUACCUGAGGUUGUCCAAGAACAAUAUUCGAACUUUGCUCAAGCUGUGCAAGGAUGCAGGAAUGAACGAGGACAUCCACCCCCACGUGGUUGAAGAAGAGAGAGAUGCUAAAAAGGUGUUCAACCAAAACAUCAGUGUAGCCCUCUAAAUAGCUCCUCUUCCCGGCCACCUCAAGCCCCCUCCGCUGUUGGACCCUCGGCCAUCAGACGCCACCCUCUGGCACACCACACCUGGCUCUUCAGACCUGGGGCAUCCCCUUACGACAGUAGCGAUCAGGAAACAAGGUUAGACUGCUUGGAUCAUUGCACUGACGUAGUGUUUUGUCCUCGCCAUCCAAGUCAGAACCAACGCAGGAGAAACUAUAGGUUUCCUCCCCACCCCCCAAAGAACACUCCUUGAAAAAGCCUUCUUAGAAAGGAAGUCUUAGAAGAAGUGAGAAAUGGGAGCCCAGAGCCUCCAGAGGGAUUUCAGGAGAGACAAAGUACUGAGGGGCUGUUGGGGACACAUACACCCCAGGUCUUGCCCAGCCAUCCCCACUACCUCCUGUGGCGGACACGGCUCUGCGGGGAGCUGGCCCUCGUGUGUGUAGGGUGGGAAGCUGAUCGGGAGGGCAGGAGGGAGAGGACUCUGUCAACUCAGGUAAACAAGGAUUACUCAGAGAAGUCACAGAGAGCAAGGAACUGGCUCAGAGUCACACAGGCGAGAAGCGGCAGGGCUGGGAUGGGAAGAGUGUCCUCACCUUAGUCUCCCGUUCUUGCCUGACGGAGCUCCUGGCAAAUCCUGCCCGACAGUUCGGAGAUGCUGCCUUCCUCUCAUGCAGCAACGGCCAAUGGAGGUCCCUGUAAGCAUUCAAGUAAGUUCAAAUCCCAACUGCCCCACUUACUAGCUGUGUGACUUUUGGCAAGUUACCACCCUUCUCUGUGCCUUUGUUUCCUCAUCUGUAAAAUGGGGCUAAUGAUGGAACCUGCUGAGCAGGGAUGCUGAGAAGAGGAAACGAGAGCUUCCAUGUGAAGCAUGAAGCACAGACAUUGACACACAAGAGCUCGAUAAACGUGUGAGCUGUUUCCCUAGUUUCUACAGUGAAUGAGGAGCAGAUUUCCCAGCCCCGGCUUCCCCAGGAGGGGUCCUUAAAACUGGGCCUAUCGAUGUUGAGUCAAACCCUGUUGAAAAGCUGCUGAUUCCAAACCCGUGCCCUUCGUGGUAAGUCCAAAAAUUAAAUGGCCCCUGAGCCCUCCAGGGCUAGUGAACACCCCCAGGGGAUCAGAUAUAGCCGCUGGUCCAGCUGGGCCCCACUAACCAGGUUUUACUUUCUGCCUCCAUAUACGAAAAGGGCAGGGAUUCCACUGCCCCCCACCCCAUAUGCUUUUUAAAUCUCCAUGCCCUAUCUCGAGGCUCCAAAGUGACCCCUCUGAGGUGAGUGGCUCUCUCCACUGAGAGUCACUGCCCUUGGGAGUCAGAGCAAAAGUGUGGAGGUUUCCAAUCCCCCCAUGCACCCACUCAAGUCACCACUAAGGGAAGGCAGAGCCCCUUAGGGUUGUGGGCAGCUCAGAGACGUGUGCCCGGAGCACGGCAGCCCGGCGAUGUUUGGACAGAGCCCACAGCUAGAAUCUCAAGAAACCAGCUGUGAACAAUUAGACGAUAGUCCCUUUCUCCAGCAAAUACCUGUUCUUGGGGAGAACCAGCUCUUCUAAAAGGGGAAAGAAAGGUAUUUCCUGAGCAUCACCAAGUGUCAGGCACUUUGUCGGUAUUGUCACAUUCAAAAUCAAAACCUAAAACCAUCUUCAGAGGCAUUCACUUCGUCCCACUGACUCAGUGGUCUGCAUGAGUCACUGCCAACCUCUUUCCUGCACUGAGUGCUCUCACCUCCAGGAAGUCCUUCUGCCUAUCUAAUCUGCCUCUCUCUUGCUGCCGUUUGAGCCCAUGUUCUCUCCUUUGAGCCACAGGGGAAAGGGAGGAGAAGUCAGUCUCCUUUGUCUAAUAAAUAUUCAUAUUCAGGGAGGAUGUGUACUGAGGAAAAAAUGCACAGAUGAAAUGGCCCUGAGAAGUUAAACGUCAGAUACAUCACUGAGAGCCGCUGUGUGAUAUGACAAUGACCAUUUGGCCUUUCCAACUUCAUACUUGUUUUUUCAGUUUUCUGUCACAUAAUUCCAUUUGAUUAUUUCUCCAGUGUCCUUUCCACACCCCUCUUAAAAUGCAUUGAUCAAGGCUGGAUCUAGCCCAGUUUUCUAAUAAGGUGCCAAAGACUGAGUUCUUUCUGGUAAGAAGGAUUGACUCCAAGGUGACUAUAAAUUCCGUUCAUUCAUUCGUUUGCUCUCCCUCCACCAAUUAUACUGUAUGGCAGGCUUGCUGCAUUCCCCUUAUGGUUCAUCAAGACCGCUGGGUUCUUUUCUGCAGGGCUGGAGUUUUACAUCAGCUUUUUCUCCACAACUCACUAGGAGACCCAGAGGCAGGGAGGUGCUCAGGCAGAGGGAAGCCCAGCCCUUCUGACGUCACAGAGGAGCCAGGAGAGGUGCCACCUUUCCAACCUCUAAUCUGGAGCUCUCCUCGCCAGGUGGAGUGGUCAGGUGAUGCAGAGCAGGACGUUUGUGAUUCUAACACUCCAGUAAUUAUCUCCACUGCACCACCCAGUUCCUUAAAUCCAUCACGGCCCACAUUCUCUCUGACCUUCACAAGUUUGGAUUGAGGAAAGAGCAGAUCUUCAGCUCACCUAGUUCAUCUGCUUCUGAUCAUAUCACGUAUUUACUGAGCCCCACCAGGCCCUGUGGCUGGGCCGGGGACUCAGUAGUUAAGAAGGCCUGGUCCUGCUGGCUUGGGCCAUAUGGUCCUGAAGACAGAGGAGUAAACAGUAAAAUCAGUGAAGUGCAGAGAGCAUGUGAAGUGCCUGGGAGACCUGGGGGAGGACCGCACCAUGGGCUGGG